CAUUCAGUACCCCCAUUAAAGCCAGAAUAGAAUGAUCCUGUUUCAUAGCCACAUUUUCAGACACUACUACGAUUCGACUGUGAGAUUGGCAAUCGAAUCAGGCUUCUUAGAUCAAACGGUCGAAUAGUCGAUUAUUCGGGGUCACCCCUACAAGAUAUACGUCUGAAUAUAAAUGUAAGUCCAAGACACAUGCUAUGAUCAUGUCAUGCAAUUGUUGAAUCAGGGUACUGGCACCAUUUUUCCAAUUCAGGAACUAUUACAAUCUUAGUUCCAAUCUGAGGCGUGAAACAAUAAAGCCUCUUUUUUUCAGUCAAUCUUGACAUCACUGUCCAACAAGUAACUAUUAAGUCCAGAGUGCCAGUCUGUCUGUGUGUAGAGACUCCAUGGAUACAUGCAACAGCUGCCCCUUGUCCCUUCUUUUAUAGGCUUCAGCUUUGAAAAGAGAAGAAAAGGAGGAGGAUGCAAAAGACGUGUGUGAGUGUGAGUGUGUGUGUGUGUGUGUGUGUUUGGUUGUUUACCAUCACUACAUUAUGCAGGCCAGUCCAGACAGCCUCUCCCUCAGAGUUUUGUCACAAAGUGUAGACCACAACACUGAUUCAACAGCUUUUAUUGCCCAGUCCAAACGUCUGGAAUAACGAAUGCUGUAAACUGUUAGCGGCAGUACUAGUGGAGCUUAACUGCAGUCAGGACUAGAAAAUGUUUGUCACUAUCCUGCUUGGAGACAACAGGAUGGAAAUGGUAAAUCUCAACUGUAAGGUGAUACACUUCAUCCAUCAUUUAAAGGAGAGGUGUGGUCUCGACUUAAAAGAGUGUGUGGACCUGAUGGAAAGCAGUGGUAGAGUGAUGAACUUGGAGGGAAAGCAGCAUAGUGACGCUCUGGCCAGCAGCGUGCUGAUAGAGAGACAAUACUACGUCCUCUUACGAGUAUGCCGAGAUGAUGAUACUGGAUGUCGGAAAUAUGUGCCUCUCCUAAACAACUCCAGCCAGAGUCAUCCGGAGUUAACUGAGUUGCUGAGGAAACUGUCUAACCCUGACAAGGAGCAAGACAGAAAGACCAGAGGACGAACGCAGAGGAGCAAAACCAGGAGCACAAACAUCUCUGCAAAUAAACACCAACUGAAAGAGUUUUAGACUAGAUUUAUUAUUAUUAUGUUUUUUAGUCAAGACUUUAAAGUUGGAUUUCUUUAGACCUUUAACCUGAAACAAAUCCAAGCUAGCAAUAGACAGACAGAAUAUAAAGAAUCUGUAUUGUCAUUAUACAAGUGCAUAAUGAAACUUUGUCAGGCUUUCUUCUAAGCGGGGAAUUAAAAAAACGAAUAAAUACUAUACUUCAUUUGUAUAAAUACAUGUGUCAAAAACUUUAAAAACAAUACAAGACAGGACAAGACAAGAGGAGCAACACCAGUUAAACUUGGCAGUGAAAGUAAAGUACAUACAGUGUAUUGUAAUACACUGUUAGACUUUUUAUUGUAUUUUUGCGGUAACUACCCGAUUA